AUGUUCCCUCACCCGAAGGACACCCUGAUGCCAACCCGAGGUCUUGAGGCACCCGAGGCAGGCAUGAUGCCGCACCAUCCUGCGCCUUUCAUGAUGCAUCACCCGCAAUUCCGCCGCGCUCCCAUGAGCAUGAGCAUGUCUUCUCGCCUCAACACUGGCGAUAUCAGACUGGAGGAUCCUGCGCUGACCAUGCAUGCAUUCCAGCAACCUCGCCCACCUUUCAACGGCCCCGGCUACAUGCCGAACGGCGCUCCUGGUGGCCACCAGAACCCCGGUCCUGUCCCCGGCGCUACACCCCUACUACCCAACCAAGGCCGAGUCUUGCAGAGCGGUCCGAUUCGAGUGCUGUGCAUAGCCGACGUACGAGGAAACCUGCGAUCCCUGAACGAUCUUGCGAGACAGGCCCGAGCGGAUCAUAUCAUUCAUACUGGUGAUUUCGGUUUCUACGAUGACACGUCCUUGGAGCGCAUUGCGGAAAAGACCUUGAAGCACGUUGCCCAAUACUCCCCACUGAUUCCUGAGCACGUCAAGAAGUCCAUCAGCCAGGGCGGCCCCGGUCCCGUCAAGGCGCGAUUCGCCCCGCAUGAGUUGCCCUUGUCCGAGCUGUCGAUGCUCAUUAAUGGCCAAGUCAACCUCGAUGUUCCUGUCUAUACCGUGUGGGGCGCCUGUGAGGACGUCCGCGUGCUGGAGAAGUUCCGAUCUGGCGAGUACAAGGUCCCGAACCUGCACAUUAUCGACGAGAACCGAUCCAUGCUGCUGGAGAUUGGUGGCGUUAAGCUCCGACUCCUCGGUCUCGGUGGUGCUGUUGUAAUGCACAAGCUCUUCGACAAUGGCGAAGGAAGAACCACGAUCGCUGGUGGACAAGGUACCAUGUGGACGACACUACUGCAGAUGGGCGAAUUAGUCGAUACUGCCAACCGCGUUUACGACCCGACCGAGACUCGCGUCUUCGUCACUCACGCUUCCCCAGCCCGCGAGGGUAUCCUGAAUCAGUUGUCUGUCAGUCUCAAAGCAGACUUCUCUGUCUCUGCUGGUCUUCACUUCAGAUAUGGAAGCUCCUACAACGAGUUCAGCGUGAACCCCACCCUCGAUCACUACCGCGGAAAACUUGCCGCCUCGAAGGCGUCAUUCAAUGACGUUUGGGAUACGGUCAAGAAUGAGGUCGAGCCCGCGAUUUCUCAGAACGACGCCCAGCAGAAUCUGCUUAAGAAUGCGCUGAGCUUGGUCGAGAAAAUGCCGACGACUGCUGCGGGUGGCAACCCAUUCGGUGGCCCAGCCGGUGCCCCGGGUUCCCUCGGUCAGGUAGACGAGAGCGCGUUCAAGAACAUGUGGAACUUCAACCUGGCAGACGCAGCUUUCGGCUGGCUGGUUCUGGAGAUUCAAGAUGGCCGCAUAGGCACCGAAAUGCGGGCCCAAGGGUUCAACUUCUCGCACCGAGGGGCCAAGCAACAGUCCGGCGUACAAGGCUCUUCUCAGUCUCCGGCUCCGGUAGCCAGUGGUCUGCCCCCUACUGCCCCUGCCGCAUCCUCCGCGGCGCCUCCUUCUGGCCCGCAGAGAAAUGUCUCUACGACUUCGCAGCCUCCCAAACCCGCGGCUGCUACUCCGCUACAGACUAAGCCUGCCACACCUAAGCCUGCUUCGCCCGCUCCUGGCGCUGCAGCUAGCAAGGAGAACGAAAAGCCCGCCGGUACUAAUGGCACGGCUAACGGACCUGAAUCUGCACCAUCUCCGGCACCACGACCUACCGCAGACAGCAUCAUUGGCCUUUUCGUUAUGAACGUUCAAAGUGAUGAACAGACACGUGACCUCUUCCCUGAAGAGCAACGGGCGAAGAUCGUCAAGAUUGACAAGUGGGGAAACAACAGCAACAACAAGGUUGCCCAUUUCCGGAGUGUUGAUGACAGAGAUGCCGCUCUCGAAAGUCUGGAUCCCGAAUACAGACACCGUCAUUCCGAGGACCGAUCGAAGCCCUUGGUUAAGUUAUUCCAGCCGCGGGAGAACAACAAGCCGUUCGGCGGCCGAGGUGGAGCAGGCAACUGGGGCAGUAGCCGAGGCCGAGAUGGUACCAGCGGCUACCGUAGCGCUGGUGACCGUGGAACCGUGAGCGGCGGCGAGAGCGGACCCGAGAACGGUCGCCAACGCGGUGGUCGAGGCGGUUCGCGUGGUGGCAGAGGUGAUCGGGGCGGACGAGGUGGCAGAGGCGGUCGUGGAGGCAUGAACAAGGGAGAAGGCGGCACUGCCUCACCAGCCCCGGCGGGCGGCGAUGCGUGA